AUGUCGCUCAGCUCUCUUCUCCGACAAUCUAAUGCAGAAGCUCUGAGCCUAUCUCAGCAGACGGCUCAGUACCUUCGAAAACACGCAUCUACGGGAAUAUCGACAAUUCAUAUCCCGUUUCUGUCAUAUCCAGAAUCUACAGACGUAUGGCUUAUGUACGAAAAGCUGCUCCUGUCCUGUUUGCGCACAGGAGACGACAAGGCUGCCUUCAAUUGCCUUGAAAAGCUCAUCGAUCGCUUUGGAGCUACCAACGAGCGGGUCAUGGGUCUACGUGGACUAUAUCAAGAGGCGGUAGCGAAGGACGAUGCAGCGUUGGAGAGAGUUCUGCAGGAAUACGACGAAGUCCUCGCUGAAGAUACUGUCAAUACUCCAGUAGCGAAACGUCGGAUCGCACUCCUUCGGAGUCUAUCGAGGACCACCGAGGCCAUUGAUGCUCUGACAGAGCUAUUAGAGUCAUCACCGACCGACAUCGAAGCAUGGACGGAACUCUCCGACCUGUACUUGUCACAAAAUCUGUUUCCUCAAGCGGUCUUUUGCCUCGAGGAAGUUUUGCUAGUGGCGCCCAAUGCUUGGAAUAUACAUGCCCAAUUAGGUGAGGUACUGUACAUUUCCGCAAUGAACGGCAAUGAAAGCUCGGAAGGCAGAAGUCUCGCCGAGGCAGCGCGACGCUUUUGUAGGAGCGUUGAACUCUGUGAUGAUUAUCUUCGAGGAUACUAUGGGCUAAAAUUGACGUCAGACCGAAUGCUUUCCACCAAUCCCAACGACACCAGGUCGACAGGACAGGUGGCGACCGUUGAUAAUGGCGAGCUUCCGGUGCUUCCGACUGCAGUUGUAAGAAGACUGAAUGAGCAGGCCACCUUCAAACUUGCUGAGAUCACCCGGACGAGUAACAGUAGCUGCAAUGUUGCCGACAUAAAUGCUGCCAAAGAUUUGCUGAAUAGGAGCACCCAAAGGAAGCAGCGGUGA